AUGUACUUCACUGCCACUUCCUUUGCACUUGCCACCUUGGUAUCCACCGUGCACUCGCACGCAGCCAUCUUGGCCGCUGUUGGAGACUCUGGCGAGAGUCAAGGUUUCUUGGUCGAUCCUGCAAUUGCCCGCAACUGCACUACCAUCUCUCCUUGCCAACAAGAUGCUACCAUCAUUCGCGACUCGGAGAUCACGCAGAACAUUGUCAACGCCUGCGGAAGAACCGAGAUUGCCGGCAACAUCGACAUCGGUGAGCAAACCGAGAACGAGCUUGCAGCUGGCCGUAUGGCUCAAGUGUCUUCUGGCUCCAUGUUGGCUGUCACCAUCCAUCAAGUUAAUGCAGAUGGCGCCGGUCCAUUCGAGUGCGACAUGGACGAGACUAGCAACGCCGUGACCACCUUCACACCCUUGAAGGUAUCCAACAACAUUCCUGGUAGCUUCGGUCUCUCUCAGGCAAAGGAAAAGGACUUUGUUAUCAACGUCCAGAUGCCCGACAACUUCAACUGUCUUGGUGCCUCAACUGGCAACAUCUGCACUGUUCGAUGCCGCAACAACGCCAUCGCUGGUCCCUUCGGUGGAUGCUUCGCCGUCCAGCAGACUGACGGAACUGGUCGUACCAACGAGAGCGCUUCUGCUGUCGACACUGCUCAGACACUUGAGGGUAUCUCUGCACAAAUCCUGCAAAACAAGAAGGAUCUUCCUGCUGCUAUCGCGGCGAACCAGGCUGCUGGUGCUGCGGGCGGUAAUGAGGGUGCCAGUGCCAUUUCCGCUCUUGUCCCUGAUGCGACUCAGGCUCCCAAUGCUGGAAACGGCAACAACAAUGGCGGUAACAACGGCGGCAACCAGGGAGGCAAUGGCGGCAAGGGCAACCAGAACGGCAACCAAGGUCAGGGUCAAGGUCAGAACCAGAACCAGGGCCAAGGCCAGCAGAACCAGGGCGCAGCUCAGAAUGGUCAAGGUCAGGGCCAAGGCCAGGGUCAAGGCAACGGCCGUGGAAACCAGGGCCAGAAUCAGGGCCAGGGAGGCCAGGGCCAAGGCAACCGUGGCGGCAACAGGAUCAAGCGCGCUCUCAAGUUUUUGAGCUAA